AUGUCCCCAUACCGUUUUGACCCACUACGCGAUAUAGAGUCUACCCUUCACCGACACAACCCCUACGUCCAGUCUAUCAUCACUUGCAAGGAACGAAUGGAUGCGCACAACGAAAACAAUUCUCGCGCGACCAGCUCCCUUACUCUCCACCACCGCCCGUUCCCGAGCACCACUCGCCCCUUCAAACUACAAAACGCCUCCUUCACCCUCCCUCACAUCUUCAACCUCACCAAUUAUACACCCACAUCUCUCCCGCGCUCUUCCAACCCUGUUCCCACUGUUCUUCCUUUGCCGCGUUCCGCCAACCCAGACCCCACUCGUCCCUCUGUCUCCUCGUUCCAUUUCGACCCCCCCACAGAUCACGACGCUUCUUACCCCGUCUCUUCCACCCCGAUGGCUGUGCGGCUUCCCGCCUCUCUUAGGCCGUCCGCUGCCCCUGCUCCAGCCCCCGCCCCUGCCACCGCCCCUGUGGUUCACUACCCACCCGCUUUGAAGAAGGUUGCGUUACCCUAUGAAGUACAGUUUUAG